AGGAGUCGAAGGAUAACGACAUAUUCUGAAUGCACUUACCGGAAGUCGAAUACAAAAAUGGCUGCAAACGAAGUGAUGCAGUUGAUCGAGUCAGAACUUCCAGAGGGCCGCCAGAGUUUACAGGACAGCCAUGCCAAUUUGGAAAGGGUUGCACAGUAUUGCGAAGGAAACUACCUUCAGGCUAAGGACAAACGCCAUGCUUUGGAAGAAACGAAGAAUUAUACGACACACUCCCUGGCCAGUGUGGCCUACCAGAUCAACAGCCUGGCAACCAACUUCCUGAAGCUCCUCGACCUGCAGCAGAACCAACUGGCUGAGAUGGAGUCCAGUGUCAACCAUUUGUCACAGAUAGUAAACAUCCACAAGGAGAAAGUUGCAAGAAGAGAAAUUGGUGUUUUGACAACAAACCGGAGUUCAACCCGGCCUAUGGGAGUUAAGAGUGGUAUUGUAUUCCCUGAGCAGGCUGAACGACCAAUCAAGUAUACCCGCAAACCCAUUGACUAUACAGUGUUGGACGACAUUGGCCAUGGAGUGAGGGUAAAUUGCAUUCAUCUGUUCCGCCCAAAUCGAACACCGUCAAUCAGCAGCCAAGGCUCCCAAGCACCAACUACAAAACCUCCAACCCCACCCAUCACUCGGUCUGGCUCCACUGCUAGCUCCAACUCAGGAACCCUUGGUCGGAGCCAGGGAGGCCAUUAUCGUUCCAUCGCACCACCAGUGGCUCCACCGUCUGUGCCAGCCAAUCAGCAUCCACAUUUUGGCCAAGUGAUCCACCACCCUCCUCAACCAGGUCCCAGGGAGCGAUAUGAGAUGAACUAUGCCCCUAGUGUCAUGGGAACAGUACACUCACCCCCGUUGGUCGGAAUGGCACGUCCCAUUUCACAAAGGCCUGGCCCUCCAGCAUCUCCCAGUAUGGUACGACCCACACAGCCACCGAUGGCCUAUCAAGAUUCUGUUGCUCAGCUCCGAUAUGCCAGCCAUGGCUGGAAAGAUCCCCCGCCUCCGGACGUCAACCGCUCGGUCGAUGUCAUGACAAUACCAGCAUCCCCACCACUCCCCCCUCCCCCAGAGCAUGCCCGACCUGGCCCUGGUCCCCCCAAGUUUGAGUACGGAGGGUCAGCCCCUCCCCCACCCUACAACUUCAGUGAUGACUACGAGGAGCAUCCACGACAGAACCACCAGAACAAGGAAGAGGAUCCCUACGCUGCUACAGGGCCGCAGUUCACGGCUCAGCCAUUGUGGGUACCCAAAGAAUACCAGGAGAAAGUGGUGGCGAUAUUUGACUAUGAUGCUGACAAGGGAGACGAGCUGACAUUUUCUGAGAAUGCUGUCAUCUAUGUGAUAAAGAAGAAUGAUGACGGCUGGUGGGAGGGUGUGAUGGACGGCACCACAGGGCUGUUCCCCUCCAACUACGUGGAACCCUGCAUCUGACCUGUCUAGCGCCACAGUCACUCACAGACAACCAGAAGGGGAAUCUCACCUGCUUUAUAUUCUGUAACAUUCAGACCCAGUUGUUUUGUCACAGGUGUAGAGUCGAACCAUUUGUUUAUACGCACAUAUUUAUCUAAUAACUACUUAAAACUUUAGACACCUUAACAUCGUUUUAUGAAAGUUGAUACCUUCAACUUCAGUUUCACCUCUUUGAUAUUAGUCAAAAGACCAUUUUUAAGUGGUCAUUAAUUUGUUAAUACUCGUAACUUGAUUGGUACGAAAGGUAGCUAGAUCCCUGUUGUGGCUGUCUUCCAGGUAUUUUGACAUGACAAGUAUUACAGUGAAUAUAUCUGAUCUUACUAUGAACUUACAUUUCACCAUUACAUAUUUAAUCAUAAUUACAUCUUGAAUCAAUUGUUACUUUUUUAAUAUAAGCUUUAUAAGGGUAUACAUGCUUUUACUGCUUUUUAUGUGCAUAAACAUGUUUUGUUAUUUUCUGAGACUUUUUAGUCACAAUUUAUGUUUGUAUUGAUUUAUAUCUGUCAGCUGUCAGUUGCAUUGAGUCAUAUAUUAGAUAUUAUAUUGUUUCAUGUUUAUUUUAUGUGUAUAUUUUUACAAUCACAAGUCAGUUUUGUUGCAAUAUUCAAGAUAAUCAUAUGUUAGUUAUAUGUUAGUGUCAUUGUACUUUAGUUUGUCCUUUCAAUUUAAUCAAAAUAUCUGCUCAAUAUUAAAGUAGGAUAUAGGCAUCUUGUUGGUCUUGGUAAUUGCAGUUGCCUACAGCACAGGUCCCCCGCCUCCCUCUACACCUGUAAUUUUUCAAAGAACAUGCAGGCUCACACUCAACUCUCGCACAUUCUGUCAUACAUUCUUCAGUGUUAGUGAACACUUGUAUCCUGAACUUUGUUUUUUGUGUUUUGAGGGGAAGUACUUGUUCUGAUUGCCAACUUUGAUCUCUAGUUUAUCAACAAUGGUGUUGUGAUCAUAUAUGAUUAAUGACAACUAAGAUAUUUCUCUUUUCUUGAUAUUUUUGAGAAACAUUGGAACACAGUUUAAAAUAUUAAAGGAAGCAUCUUUUAAAAUCAUCUAGCUGUUUUCAGCAAUCGUUGUGCCAGGACAGUUAGCCUAAGUUUCCAAAGUUUCGAUUGUUGUGUCAUGAUACAGAACAGGACUCUGUUCCACAGGUAGUACAACUGAAUAUCUCCAUGAAGUUAGACUUUGUUUCAGUCUACUUCAGAAUGUUUCACUUCGUAUGUUUGGUCAUUAUUAAACUAUUGGAUGUUUAAGAUCUUGUUUUCACUCACUGCAAUAACUUAUGAAAUGAUGUGUGAAUACAAUGCCAGAGGAAACCACUCUAAUUAGUAGGUAGUGCUAAAUGAUUUGAAGCCAUGUUUGUGUACAGAAACAUGCAUAUGCUGAGAAAAACCUAUCUGAACCUAUUGGAAACCUAAGGCCAUUGUUCAUGAAGAAAGUUUGUUGAUGCAUGAGAUUUAUUAAUAGUAGUUCUUACUUGGGUACCUUAUUUGCAUAUUUAUCAUUGUAUUUUAUGGCUUUGCCUCAUCAGUAAUACUCCAUUAUAUAAUAAAGAUAUGUAAUGUCUGAUAAGAUGAUGGUAGUACUCCAUACCACUAGAUUAGUUUAAUCUCUGAACACCAUACAGAAACUGCAUGUGCUUGAGGGUUAUCUCCCUUUAUCAGUUCCCCCCCUCAGCAUGUAAUAGGGUGGUGAGCCAGGUUAAAGAUAAUAGUCUGCUGUUAGUCUUAGUAUUUAAGUCUUAGUCUUAGAUCACAUUAUUGAAGUGGGCCUGCCUGUUUGCAGCAGGUGUCCAUGUACAGUGCUGUGCUGGUUAGAUCUCUAGGCCCACCACAGUCGUGUCUGAAAGUUUUGUGUGACAUUUACAUCAAGCAUAAUAAGUAAUGAUGUAGCUAAGUCUGAUAGCUUUAAAGAUUUGUAGAUAUUUGCUGCAUUUCUUAGGUUGAUAUGUGACUGGAUAUCUCAUGUAGUAAUUACAGUUCAGUAAAUAUGUCUGUAAACUGUGCAAUAUUUUAAUCAAAGAUUGUUUGUGCAAAUGCAAGUCAAAACAGUUCGUGAUUUUUAAUGGUAUGCUUUCAACAAUAUUUGAAAUGUAGCUUCUGCUUGUCAAUCAAACUGAAGGUGAUGAAUGUCAGCUUGUAGUGUCUGCUGUAUGUAGGGUACCCUGUAAAUGGCAUGUAGGCACUACAAGUCACACUAUGAACAUUGUAUAUAUCAAUAUAUAUAUAUAUAUAUAUACAGCUGAACCUUGUCAAUCUGGACCUUGCUAAUUCUAACUUACUUAGAUGUACUGUUAUGCCUCUUGUAUGAUUUGUGACUUUCUGAUCUCCAUGCAGAGUUUUAGUAGCAGUAGUUGAUCUAGAAAAAUGUACAUAUGACAAAAUGUAGGAAAAUUGCUUUGGUUGAGAAGACAACUGACAAGUUGUCUGUUGAAUAUGUGCCCACAGUUUGAUGGUCACUUUCUGUUUUGAGUUUUAUGAUGACGAAGCAGAGGUUCAAAGUUAAAAAAAAUUCAGCCAUGAGCAGAAUUACAUCCUCUAUGGAAUAUUUCCAAGAUAUCAUACAACCACUUUUUAUCUCAUGAAAUGGGGAAUUUGUUAUUAUAGUUCCAGGACAGGACAAUAAUAAGUGGGUGGGUGGAUAUUUAUCAUCUUUGUGCAGGAUGCGAAGGGAGAUGAGUCUGUGAUGUCUGAUUAACGGACAUUCUUCCAUAGCCAGGAGUUUUCACUUUGGCCUGAGUUAUUGGUUAGUUCCAAUACUGGCACUGUCCAGGUAACUGAGAUUCUACUCUUCACGGGUGGACAGACUCUUCAUUGAUGUGUGGCAUCCUCCCAAACUGCUGGUAAAUGUG